GAACCGGACCGGAAGGGGAGGGAAGAGAGAAGAGAGGAGGUCUUCGGCCGCCAGGGCCGGGAAGCGGCGCGAGGAGCGGCGGGAACAUGGUUGGGGCGCGGAGCAGGAGGCGCGCAGGCAUGGGAGCAGGAGCCCCAGUAGAGACCGGAGCGAGGGCCGGGAAGAGGCCCGCAGAGCAGCAGCCCGAGCUUCAGGAGGCGGGGUCCAGCGAGGAGCUGCCUCUCUUCACCGUUCCAGCCUCCAGCCACAGUGCUGCAGAGAGUGAGUCUGGCUCAUCUGACAGUGAAGAGAGUGUGUUCUCAGGUCUGGAGGACUCUGGCAGUGACAGUAGUGAGGAUGAUGACAACAGUAUUGAAGAUGGACAACCCAGGAGCAUCCCAAAGAUGACUCAGGACAAACUCCAGGCUGAGAACCCCUUGCAGAACACCACAGAAGCCAAUAACCAGAGCCAAGAACCAAAGAAAGAAGAUGAAUAUGUGGAGGACAGCUCCGAUGAGGAGGACAUCCGGAACACGGUGGGGAAUGUCCCUCUGGAAUGGUAUGAUGAUUUUCCCCACAUUGGCUAUGACCUCGACGGGAAAAAGAUCUAUAAACCCUUGCGUAGCCGAGAUGAACUUGAUCACUUCUUGGAUAAGAUGGAUGACCCUGACUACUGGAGGACAGUACAGGACAAGAUGACAGGACAGGAUGUGAAGUUGACAGAUGAACAGGUGGCCCUGGUCCAGCGGCUACAGAAGGGCCAGUUUGGGGAUGCCAGUUAUGAUCCCUACGAGCCAGCUAUUGAUUUCUUCAGUGGGAGCCUGAUGAUUCAUCCAGUGACCAACCGUCCUGCUGACAAGCGCAGCUUCAUUCUCCUCAUUGAGAAGGAGAAGGUCUCCCGGAUGGUCCAUGCCAUCAAGAUGGGGUGGAUUCAGCCACGAAGGCCAAGAGACCUCACCCCCCAGUACUAUGACCUGUGGGCCCAGGAGGACCCCAAUGCCAUCUUGGGGCGCCACAAGAUGCAUGUACCUGCCCCGAAACUUGCUCUGCCGGGCCAUGCUGAGUCCUACAACCCUCCGCCUGAGUAUCUCCUCAGUGAGGAGGAGCGACUGGCCUGGGAGCAGCAGGAGCCCGGAGAGAGGAAGUUGGACUUCUUGCCUCGGCAAUUUCGGUGCCUCAGGGCCGUGCCCGCCUACGGCCGUUUCAUCCAGGAGCGCUUUGAGCGCUGCCUGGACCUUUACCUGUGCCCUCGCCAGCGCAAGAUGAGGGUGAAUGUGGACCCUGAAGACCUGAUUCCCAAACUGCCCAAACCCCGGGACCUGCAGCCGUUUCCCACUACCCAGUCUCUGGUGUACAAGGGCCACAGUGACUUGGUCCGAUGCCUCAGUGUUUCUCCCAGUGGCCAUUGGCUAGCUUCAGGCUCAGACGAUCAUUCAGUCCGACUGUGGGAGGUGAACACCGGUCGGUGCUUGAAGACAGUUCCUGUGUCUGGAGUGGUGAAGAGCAUAGCCUGGAAUCCCAACCCGGCCAUCUCUCUUGUAGCCGUGGCUGUCGCGGAAUCGGUGCUGCUGCUGAAUCCAGGCCUGGGGGACCUGGCAGCCACCGGCGGCACAGACCAGCUGCUCAGUGCGUUUUCACCCCCAGAAGAGCCUGUCGGGCAGCCUGUGGAGUGGCAGGAGGCUUCGGCCGAAGAGCGAGACCACGGCCUGAGGCUGCGGAUCCACCAUAAGAAGCCGGUGAAGCAGGUGGCCUGGCACGGCCGCGGGGACUACCUGGCCUCGGUGGUGGCAGCUGCCGAGCACACUCAGGUGCUGAUGCACCAGGUGAGCCGCCGGCGCAGCCAGAGCCCCUUCCGGCGGAGCCACGGUCAGGUGCAGUGUGUGGCCUUCCAUCCCUCGCGGCCCUUCCUGUUCGUGGCCUCCCAGCGCAGCCUCCGUCUCUACCAUCUGCUUCGCCAGGAGCUCACAAAGAAGCUGAUGCCUAAUUGCAAAUGGGUGUCGAGCUUGGCCAUACACCCCCAAGGGGACAACGUGAUCUGUGGCAGCUACGACAGCAAACUCAUCUGGUUUGAUCUUGACCUUUCAACUAAGCCCUACAAGGUGCUGAGACACCACAAGAAAGCCCUCCGGGCUGUCGCUUUCCAUCCAAGGUACCCGCUCUUUGCCUCUGGAUCUGAUGAUGGCAGCGUCAUUGUCUGCCAUGGCAUGGUCUACAACGACCUUCUGCAGAACCCGCUGUUGGUGCCAGUGAAAGUUCUCAAAGGCCACGCGAUGCAUCGGGAUCUUGGGGUGCUGGACGUGAGCUUCCAUCCCACCCAGCCAUGGCUGUUCUCCUCUGGGGCAGAUGGCACCCUUCGACUCUUCACCUAGGGAUGGCGGGGUCGGGUGGGGAGGCAAAGAGACAUUUCUGGCUGUUGGCCUUGUCUUUGCCUAGGAGAGGGGGAUUGGCAAGGAGAAUAAAGCAUAAUCAAUUACCCAGGACGUCAGAGUACUUAGGAUGACCUUUCAACGUCCUACCCAAAGUUUUCUGCCGCUUGUUGCACACAAAAUAGAAUCUCGUUUUCAGAAAGGGCUUUUAUACAUGCAUUCAUUUGGAAGUUUUUAAUCAUUUUUUGUCAUGGUUCCCUCUGGUAGUCUUGUGAAGCUUAUAGGCCCAUUCUCAGGGGAAAAAAAAUAAUGAAUAAAAUUCAUCAAGAUUGCAAAGAAAAUAAAUUAUUGAAAUAAAGAUCUAAUUUUUUCCCCUUCUA